AUGUUAACACGGAGUAAAAGAUCCUCAACAGCUGCUGAUAAAGAAAACAGUAACAUAAAUUUAAUUCCGAUCAAAAAGGAAAUAAAAACCGAGCAGAAGGAGGUGACUGGAAUAUCACAUGGUUUCCUUUGUCCGCAAUGUGAAGCUCACUUCCUUUAUGAUGAGUUCUUUGUGGAACAUAUCAGAGAACAUCAUGGUGAAACGAUCAAUGAUAUGUCUACUAAAGAUGUCCUGUUAAACUCUUUACGAUCAUCAGAGAGGUUAGGGAAAGAAAAUACUUCUCUUGUUGGGAAAGCUUUUAAAUGUGACGAUUGUUCUUAUACCUGUAAUGAGAACAGUGAUCUUGUGAAACAUUUUAAAUGCAUUCACACGGGAGAGAAACCCUACAAGUGUAAGGAAUGUUCAUAUAAUUGCUCUAUUAAAUCACAUCUUGUCAGACACCAACGUACUCAUAUGGGAGAGAAACCCCACAAGUGUAACCAAUGUUCAUUUUGUAGUGCUCGGAAAGGUGAUCUCAUUAGACAUAUAAGGAUUCACACAGGAGAGAAACCCUACAAGUGCAACGAAUGUUCAUAUACUUGCUCUAAUAAAUCAAGUCUUAUUAUACACCAACGUUCUCAUACGGGAGAGAAACUCUACAAGUGUAAGGAAUGUUCAUAUUCUUGCUCUGUUAAAUCACGUCUUGUCAUACACCACCGUACUCAUACGGGAGAGAAACCCUACAAGUGUAAGGAAUGUUCAUAUUGUAGUGCUCAGAAAGGUGAUCUCAAGAGACAUAUGAGGACUCACACGGGAGAGAAACCCUACAAGUGUAAGGAAUGUUCAUAUUCUUGUGCUCAGAAAGCUAAAGGUCAUCUCUCAUUACAUAUAAGGACUCACACUGGAGAGAAACCCUUCAAGUGUAAGGAAUGUUCAUAUACUUGCUCUGAUAAAUCAAGUCUUGUCAGACAUCAACGUACUCACACGGGAGAGAAACUCUAA